GUGCGGCUGACGCAGGCGCGGCUGGACCAGCUGCUGGAGGCGGAGAUCACCACGCUGGCGUCCCAGGCUCUCCAGACGGAUGUGCAUCCCAUGUCGCUGCAGGACUCCAUGAGGGACCCCGGGGAGCUCGCCCAGCUGCUCUUCGACCAGCUGCCGGUCCAGUACGCCCAGAGGAUACAGAUGCUGGAGCAGCUGCCAGACUGGCACAGGAGGGAUGAGGUCCGGAACGUGCGGCAGAUGUACGUGACGUCGUUCAAGGAGAUGCGGCUAGCAGACCCAAGGGACACCGCAGCGUUCAAGAAGCAGCUGUCGAACAUCAAGAAGCGCCCAUCACCAUUUGCACACGAACCUGCUUGUUGCAGGCUUCAGGAAGUACGCGCAGGAGGAGCAGCUUCGGGAAGAUCAGAUCAACCAGUGGCUGGAUAA